CAGGCGGCCGUGGCGGCGGCGCGGCCUCUCGCGCAAUCUCGCCUCGGCGUCCGGCGCUGCCCAAUCAGAGCUCUCCGCGACGCCCGUACGGGGGUCUGGCCCGGCCAAUCCACACGCUCCGAAGGGCGGGACUUGUCCCUAUGGCAACGGGAGCCGGGGCCGCCGGAGUGCCGCGGGGCUGUCGUACUGUACGGUAUCGUGCCGAACCGUACCGUAUCGUGCCGUACCGCGCCACGCCGGGCCGCCGAGCCCCGCGGAUCCCCAGGAGGACGCUCGGGGGACGUUCGUUUUCAUCCCUGCUCACAGGAGACACUUCGUCCUUAAGAAGCAGCGGCUCCUCUCCCGCCGCAGGGGGACCUUAAGAUGAAGUGGCUAUCUGUCCUGCCCCAACAGUGUAUUUUGCUGAUGGCAUGUCUUCUAAUGGCAGUGGAAGCUGUACCUAUAGACAUAGAUAAGACAAAAGUUAAAGGAGAAGGCCAUGUAGAAGGAGAGAAGGUAGAAAAUCCAGAUACAGGACUUUAUUAUGAUGAAUAUCUCAGGCAAGUAAUAGAUGUCUUGGAAACAGAUAAGCAUUUCAGGGAGAAACUCCAGACUGCUGACAUAGAGGAAAUAAAGAGUGGAAAGCUAAGCAGAGAGCUUGAUUUAGUAAGCCACCAUGUGAGAACACGGCUGGAUGAACUAAAAAGACAAGAGGUAGCAAGACUAAGAAUGUUAAUUAAAGCUAAAAUGGAUUCUGUUCAAGACACUGGCAUAGACCAUCAGGCUCUUCUUAAACAGUUUGAGCACCUGAACCAUCAGAAUCCUGACACGUUCGAACCUAAAGACUUAGAUAUGUUGAUCAAAGCUGCUACAAGUGACCUGGAAAACUAUGAUAAGACCCGCCAUGAGGAGUUUAAGAAAUACGAGAUGAUGAAAGAACAUGAAAGGAGAGAGUAUUUAAAAACACUUGAUGAAGAAAAGAGGCAGCGAGAAGAAUCCAAGUUUGAGGAGAUGAAGAAAAAACAUGGAGAUCACCCUAAAGUUCACCAUCCUGGAAGCAAAGAUCAACUGAAAGAGGUGUGGGAAGAAGCAGAUGGACUAGAUCCUAAUGAAUUUGACCCAAAAACUUUUUUCAAAUUACACGAUGUUAAUAAUGAUGGUUUCCUGGAUGAGCAAGAAUUAGAAGCCCUCUUUACUAAAGAGCUAGAAAAAGUUUAUGAUCCCAAGAAUGAAGAGGAUGACAUGGUUGAAAUGGAAGAAGAAAGGCUGAGAAUGAGAGAACAUGUAAUGAAUGAGGUUGAUAUCAACAAGGACCGGCUAGUGACUUUAGAAGAGUUCCUGCGGGCUACAGAGAAAAAAGAAUUUUUGGAGCCAGAUAGCUGGGAGACACUAGAUCAGCAGCAGCUCUUCACUGAGGACGAGCUGAAGGAAUUUGAAAGUCAUAUUUCUCAGCAGGAAGAUGAACUUAGAAAGAAGGCUGAAGAUCUUCAGAAGCAGAAGGAAGAGCUACAGAGGCAGCAUGACCAGCUUCAGGCUCAGAAACAAGAGCUUCAGCAGGUUGUAAAACAGAUGGAACAAAAGAAACUACAGCAGGGAAAUCCUCCCGCAGGACCAGCUGGAGAACUGAAAUUCCAACCCCCUGGGGAACACAAAGUUGAAGAUGCACCAAAACAUCCUGCGGGAGGUGAUCAGCCUUUACCACCAGGACAUGUCCAAGAACCAGCUGCUAGAACUGAUCAAGUUCACCCUUAACCACUUGUGCCUCAACUUUAUAGCAUCUUUAUUAUUUGGGGGUCUUGGCGGGGGGUGGGCAGGAAAUCAGAGUGAAACAUGAACUCUCCACUUUCUUCCCCACAAGAAUCAUUGUAAAAUCAUUUGGAACAUUAGAGAUGAACUAUCAGUCAGACUUGAAUCAUAAAUUAAACUAUUUUUUUUCUCCAGUGCAUCAGUGAGAAAAACAACAAGGGGAUCAUUAGAGGCUAUAAUGGAGGAGGGAAUUAGGGAAACUAUUAAUACUAAAGAUUUUUAUGGCCAGGGCUGAACUCUCCUCUUAGAAAAACAGAAGUGAUGUCUGCCAUUCCGUGUUUAGGCAUAAAUUGCAAUCUUCUCAGAGAGGAAGCAGGGAACUGGCCUGAAUGUCAAGUUAAGUCUAGUUUUAUGUAGAAACUUUCCAGAAAUGCUGAGAAGCAAAAUAUGGGUUUAAUGAUCUUAAUAAGCAAAAUAUACCAUAGAUAAAGGCCUACCAUUUCCAGCACUACCAAACCCUUUCUUCUUUGAGACCAAAUAAAAAAAAAUCAAAUUUCUAAUCUUUAAUCAGAACAGAGUUGCACUUUUGAAAAAUCUAAACACAGCAAAGAAUUAUGUGGAACAGUGAAUAUUUUUCAUGUUUACAGAAGCCUAAAAAUUUCACUGUAAGCCUUCAAAAGGAAUACUGUACUUCCAGUGUAUUGAUCUGAACCGUCCUCCUUGCUGAGAUUAAUUCUGUGUAGCCGUUGAAUACUCAACUGGCUCUUGGGACAGUACUUUUGUCCCUGUUUCUUUCAUCAGGUGCCAGCUGAUCUCAAAAUUUUGCAUGUUAUUAAGUAAGCUUUUUAGGUUGAUGGAAAUAUGGUGCAAAACAGAACAAGACUCAUUGUCUUCUUCUGUGCAGAUUAUCCUACCUCCUAUGAUAACAGCAGGUUUUUCAAAAUGCACCGUGUGCUUCAGAAAGCUUUUCUCACACGAAUCUUUAACUUAAGAGGCUCACUAUUAACUCAUAUUAGUUCUUCAGCAGGUGGUGUAAGUUUAUGAAGUAUCCUAAAACAGGGGUGCUCCUUGAUUGUGUUAUUUUGGUAUUAAACUGGGAUAGGUCCCUAAUAUUGUAAGCCAAGAUUUUACAAGAAUAAGUUGAUUUUCCUGUGAGUUUUACUAGAAUGUUGAAAAGUUGUGUGAUUGUCCUCGCUUGUCAUUCAUUUCAGACUGAAAGCAUCCUAAAGUGUAAACCCUGUUUGGGGUUUUUUUAUUUGCUUAGGGUUUUGUGUGUUGUUUUUUUGUUUGUUUGUUUAGGUUUUGUUGGUUUGGUUUUUUUGUUUGUUUGUUUUGGUUUUGUUUGGGGUUUCUUGGUUUUGUGUUUUUGUUUUUUUUUUUAAACACAGAUUGUUCUGACUGUAGAAUGCUGGCUUUGAACUGAUAUAAACACACCUUGGCAAGCAUUCUUUGCAUUUCCUUCCCGUUCUGUGGCUAACUGCUGACAGUGUCAUUAAAGGAAAUCAUUUAGGUUUUGAGCAAAGAAACAGAGGCAAGCCUCUGUUAUAGAAAGACGUUCCUUUUCAAAUAAGACAUGAAUAUUUGAGGCAAACUCGAAAAAGACAGGAGCCAAUUACAUUUUCUAUUGACAUUUGGGAGGUUUCUCACUCUGAAGAACUUUGAUAGAAGCUAGGCACAUUCCUUCCAUGUUUAAGGCUUCCGUCAUCAGGCCUAAGCAUAUUCUUGUUCUCCAGGCAAUAUAACAGAACUCACUCCCAGAACACACUGGAUUUCCUCAUCUGUUUCAUCUUGUUAGUUGUCAUGUCACAUUUCCUUCAUCUGUACCACUCAAAUAAUUGGACUUCUUUUACUUUUUAUUUUUCGUUCUCUACGCAAGAGGUUAAUAAUUCAGUUUCCAAACCCAGCGUCUCCACUGUUUGUCAUUUCCAUCUAACACCAGUUUGAUUAUGUCUUUGUCAGGAGACUAAAAUACCUUUCAACAACUUCAUCUGUUUGCUAAGGGGCCCAGGCAUAGCUACAGCUACAUCCAGACUAACAGAGUUUCUCAGUGCACAGCUCUGGCUUUGGGGUUGUAGCCUGAUAAUGGGCCAAAGAAAGAGAGAAACUUAGCUAAAUGCCGUGGAAAAGGCAAAGGUAAAUUUUUCUUGUGUUCUCCCCAUCCCACAUGAAAGUUUACAGAGGACAUAAUACUGCCACAGAUGUUUGCAGAGAACCAAGGACUGAAACCUUUGGUGUGAAGGCAUUUCUAUCAUACAAAUCAUUCCUUUAGGCUACAUAUGCUUCCUAACAACAAAUGUCAUUAUAUGUAAUGACGUGCUUUGUAAUGUAAUGCUCAAGCUUCCUUUCCAGUGCAACCUCUUUUAUUUUACUGUUGGAGAUGGGCAUUAUAUCCCCCUUAUCCCAUUUAGUUUGAAACAUCCAGAGCUUUGUAAAGAGCUGUUGUAACUUGGGUGCUGAACUCGGCUUCUUCUUGCCACGGUAUAGUGUUAGUGGUGAUGCUGAGGAAGCCACUUGUGAGGAGCCAGAAUUUUCACUUGUUUCAUCAUGAGUUAGCAUUAGCAAAAGUUGCUCAUUUUGCAUUUCAGCUAGCCACUGAGGUGUGCUCAGUGUAAAACAGUGUGCAUCUUUCCUUCAGUUGCUGAUACCUGAAUGUUGUUCCUGUCAGUGUUAAAUUAAUUAGUAGGCUUGCAGUUUAGCAAUAUACUGCAGACUUUAUGUUCAUUUUUUAGAAGUGGAAAUAGGCAGGUUUUUAAAGUUUAGAAUUGGUAAUGGUUUUAUCUCUUAACAAUAAUCAAGGUUCAGUGAAACUGACAGUUACUUGCCCUAAAUCAUGUGGAAGUCAGAGCCUCAGUCCUCAAUAACAAGAUAUGGAACUCCUGCUGAACACAUCUGAAGUUUGUUGCCUAAAUGUUUUUCAGAUGAGAGCCCAAAUUAGAACUUCGUGCUUGUCCACCUGAUUACAAAAAUCUCCUAUGCAUGGGUACCUGUAUCACAUGGCUACAAAGAUGGCAAGGACUGAAUGGAUGUUCGUAGAAAAGCUGGUUUGUCAGUUCUGGUCAAUGUUUACCCAAUACUGUCUUCUCUGUAGAGGAGGGGUAUUCUUCAGGCCCAGGCUAAAAGAGGUCUCCAUCUGAGUGUAAUAAAGUAACCAAACUAUUUUUGUGGAUCAAUUUUGAAGUGUGGUUUAAAUAAGAGUUAUCUCCCUGUGAGGAAUAUCUGCCUUAGAGGUUAUGCAAUGUGCUCAGGUCAUGCUUACUCAUUAAAUGUUUCGCAGAUUUGUUGCUUUUUAAAAAGUGUUUGCUGUUUUCAAUCCCAAUGUGUUAUUUUAAUUUGGUUCUCUCUUUCAUAAAAGAGACUAGAAGUAUUAGCCACUAAAAGCAUGUUUCUGCCAUGGUACUGAUUUCUCAGGAGCUUUUUAAAGAUGGGAAAAGAUAAAAUUAAGCUUACGGCUAAGUGAGGAAGUAGAAAGCUAUAAUCAUAGGUAGAUAAAGGACUGGAAUAUCAUGAGCACCAUUGCUUUCACCUGUACUCUGCUUUUCAUUUAGGAGGUGAUUAUGAGAAAACUGAAUGUAACUUCAUAGAGAGACCAGUUUCGAGACAAAGACGCAGAGAUUUGGUUUUGCAUUUGGCUGGGAUUUUGGUAGGAGGAUGAAGGGGUAAGAUUUGGUCAGUGUUGUACAAAUUUGUAUCCUCCAGUGCAAUAUAUGUAAGGAAAAAAAAAAAGCCCACUCUGUACUUUGUAUAGAUUAGUUUUUAACUGGAUUAAACUGAAACUCAGUGCAGU